AUGAAAUAAUUUUUUAAAGUAUGGACAUUUUAGUUCUCUAACCAAAUAAAUGAAACAAAAUACGACAAUUAUCUUAAUAAUCAAAGAUUAUUAUUUUUUAGAGCAUUAUUAAUUACUCUUAUGCUACCUUGCUUUUUUGGAAUGCUAGUGUUUAUAAUUCAAGAUUAGUCGACUUAUUUAAUUGCUUUGAUGGCUGUUUUUUUCAUACUACAUAUUAUAAUACUAUUCUUUAGCAAAAAAUUAAAAAAUUGCUUAAAACUUAUUAUAUCUAUUUUAUAUGUUUGUUAUGUAUCAGGAGGAAUCAUACUAGUUUAUAUAGGUUUUCAAGUGUAAGAAUUUAUUAAUUAUUAGUCCUCUUUAUAACUUUGGAAUUACAUCUGGUAUACUGCACUCUUGUGUAUUAUAAUAUAGCGAUAGUAAAUUAAAAGUGAUUUAUGUGCUUAUCACUAAUUGGGUUAUUAUCGGUAUCUUUGUUCCAUUUGAACUUUCAUAAAUUUAAUAUAUAGUAUGUUCAUUUUCUAUGUUUUUUUUAUUGGGUGUACAAACAUAUUUAUAUGAGCAUAAUAGAAGAUCAUAAUUUUUAUUUAGUUAACAACUUAAAACAUAAAAGUAAAGAUUGAAAUAAAUUUAGAUCAAUUUUAUAUGAGUUUUCAAAUGAUUCUUUAUUUGCUAUAAUUUAUAAUGAAAAAACAAGAAGUUUUUAGCUUUCAUUUGCUAAUAAAAAAUUUGAAAUAUAAUAUAAGACUGAUUUAAAUGAAAACAAUGUAAAAGAUUUUUUAAGAAGUUAAUAAAUAAUAAAUAGAAAUAACUAAAAUUCAAAUAGAAGUUUAAAUAAUAAAUAAAUACAUAAAUAAAUAAAUUUAGAAGAAUAUUUAUUUGAUUUAAUUUAAUAAAAAGAUGAUCAUUUUAAUCAAGAAAGAUUUUAAAUUGAAACUAAUAAUGGAAAAGAAAAAUAUUUAAUUGAUGUUUUGAAAUUUGAAAAUCAUUAAACGGUCUUCUUUCUCUCAAUUAAAGAAAAUUAAGCAAAACUUUAAAUAGAAAAAUAUGAAAAUUUUAUAAAGGAUCUAAAUGAAAAUUUUAAAUAAGCUCUUGUUUUAAUUGGAAAUAAAUUAGAAGAGCUCUAUAAAUAAUUAUAAAAUUGUAAUAAUCAUAUAGAUAUUGAAAAUGAUCUAUUGAGAAAAUCUUACUGUAAUAUUCAAUAUUCAUUAAAUUACAUAAAAAAUCAUCUGAUAUAUCUAUAAAAAGGUAGAAUAUCAUUUUUAAAAUAAGAAUUUGAAAAAAUUACAAUUGAAAAAGUAAAUGAAGCUUUGCUUUAAUAUUUUAUCCAUUAUUCUUAAUUAAAUCGGAAAUAAUUCCAAUUAGAUUGCUCAUUUGAGGUAGAAUAAUCAAUAAUUACUUUAAAUAUCAAAUUAUUAACUUAACUUUUAAUGAAUUGCUUUAAUAAGAUUUUAAAGAUAUCUGAACCUAGAAGCUGUAUUUAAUUAUAAAUAGAUAGAAAAAAAAUAACAAAUUAAUCUUAAAAUGAAACAAAUUAUAACAGUCAUCAAGAUCUUUAAUUAAUGUAAUUUUCUUACAUUUUUGAACAUAAAGAUUAAAUUGAAAAUAUAGAAACUCAGUUUUAUUAAUCAAUUUAUUCAGAUUCUUAAAAACUAUUAGAAAUUGAAUGUAUUGUGAAUCAAAUCAUUUUGAAGAUCUUAAGUCCUUACAAUUAUAUCUAAACUAAAACAAUUUAUUAAUAGAAUUUUUCAAAUCAUCAGACAACAUUAAUGUUUUAUAUUUAUACUGAUUAAACUCAAUUAGAUCCAUCUUUUACUAAAUAUAUCUUACAAAAACACAUCGAUUAUUGA